AGAGGCCGGCCCUCUUAAAUAAAAUCUAAAGGAAAUGACCCUGGGCCUGAGCCGGCCCGGCCAAUAUUCCGCUUCUCAGUCCACCAAUCUUGGUAGGUUUUGAGCAGUCAUGGGGUUUGCCUUGAUCAGCUGACACCUUCUUCUGUUCUCUACCGCCACCCACAACAACAAUUCAUAACUCAACCAUUCUCACCGACCCGGCUCACCACCACCAAACAUAUCGCAUCAAACCCUAAACCCUACCUGAUGGCCGAUUCAACUUCUAAAACCCUGGAACACCAAGCUCCAACGCAGGCCUCAAAUCCCGAAUCAGAUUCCAAACCCGUAGACGAAGAGAAGCCCCAGGAAGCUGAAGGGAAUCCACAGAACGCGUCUAAAGAAGAAGAGGAAGCGGAGGACGAUGAGGAGGAGCCCGGUGAAUGUGGGUUCUGCGUGUUUAUGAAAGGCGGUGGCUGCAAAGAGAGCUUCACAGCUUGGGAACAGUGCAUUGAAGAGUCUGAGAAGAACAAGGAGGACAUUGUUGAGAAAUGCUUUGAGGUCACUUCGGCUUUGAAGAAGUGUAUGGAGGCUCAUCCCGAUUACUACCAGCCCAUAUUGCAGGCUGAGAAGGCCGCUGAGGCAGAGGCUGUCAAGGAAUUGGAGAAGGAAAAGGCUGCUGAGAGUUCUAAGGAUCAAAAUGCCGCCGCUUCGGAGCAGCAUUCGGAUUCCAUUGGCAAGAAAGAUGCAUAGCCGGUUAGGUGCUUGUUGAUUUGUCUCUGUCAACUGGAAAAGAAAAAGUAUAUGAUUUUGUACCUUUUCACACACCUAAUUGGUAAGCAUGGUCAGUCGUCGAGAUUUUUGGAAACUAUUUUAGUUGCGGAUAUGAUUAGUGGAAAUUCAGAGACUUGAAAAUCAAAAGUGUUUGAAAACUUGUAAUUUCUGUGAUCACAAUAAUUUUACUUGGAUAAAACCAAUAACAAUCACUAUUUUUCAAUU